ACGACUUUAUUACCUGUAACCGAAGGCGCCGGUACUAUGCCGUAGGUAUCGAAAAUUAAAUUAAAUAGGUGUCAUGAUGAGUUAGGUCAUUUGAUUGCCGCCAAUGACACCCCGAAUUUGUAACUGCGUUUUGGUACAUUGUGCUAAGUACCUACAAUAGGAGCUAUCCAUAUGGAUCCAUACGCUGCUGCUGGAAUGCAUGAUGAAAGAACCGUAAAUACAUCAAAGCAGGCGCAUUUAACGGGGUCAAAGCCCUUUGAUUUUACGUGGUUAUUUAGGAUGAAAGAGAACACUGACAUCUUAGCCCUCGGAAUCACAGCUGUGUAAUGGUUCUCUGAGCUACCUUGUACCUACACUACAGCCUUACCUACCUACCUUACAACAUCAAUCCUCACCCUCCAAGCCCCUCCUCAACUCAAUCCAAUCCAAUACAACCUACCCAAAAACCGAACAAAAAAAAAACCAUCAUGGCUUCGACGCAGACAAUCCAAGUCCCGCACCUCGACGCGACCGUCGGCUACGAGGUAUCCAACGGCAAGCUGGACGCGGCGAAGCCGACGCUCGUGCUCGUCAACCCGUUUUGCGCGACGGCCGAGUACUAUCGCGCGCAGCUCGACGACGCGGCGCUGGGCGCGCGGAUGAACUUGCUCGCGAUCGAGCCGCUCGGCCACGGCGCCACCGCGUGCGCCGCGGACCACUUCACGUACUGGGACUCGGCGCUCGUCGCGCUCCAGGCUAUGCAGGCGUUGGGUGUGAGUAAGGCGUAUGCGCUGGGGGUGAGCCAGGGCGGGUGGGUGGUUGCUAGGAUGGCGCUUUUGGCGCCUGAGAGGAUUCUGGGGUUGGUUACGAUUGCUACGUCGAUGGAUUGCGAGUCUGCUGAUUCGCGGACGAAGGGCUGCUGGGAUCCGGCCGCGUUUGUUACGCCCUUCGUCCAGAGUUGGAGUAGCUCUACGCCGACCCACGAUUUUGUUGUCGGCGAUGAUUGGAUCCAGCCCGUACUCGGGCUCGCGCUCGGGUCCGCGUCUACGCCCGCCAUCGCGGAAUUCUGGUCCAAAUCAAUCCAACGCGUCUACGCGGGCGACCACGGGCGCCGAAAGCUGAGGAUGGCUACCAUUAAUGUGGCGGAGAGGGACGGCUUGCUUCUUCGGAUCGGGGAUAUCAAGUGCCCCGUUCAUUGGUAUCAGGGAACGGCGGAUCCGAUCUUCGGUACGACUGUCCCGCAGGAGCAAAUUAAGCUUUUCACGGGCUCGAAAGAAGCCAAGCUUAGCUUCAUUGAGGAUGGUGUUCAUUUUCUGAGUGUGUCGCAUCCGAAGGAGAUUCAGGAGGCGAUCCUAGAGAUGGUGCACUGAACCCCUGGAAUAGGGGCUGUACUAACUGGCUGGCAACUCUAGUAACGGUGGCUUGAACUUGGUUAGGUAUUUUAUGUUAACAGUAAAUAUAGGCAACUAGUUAUUGGGGAGAGCUUGAUCUUAUCCGAUCUUCGAGCGUACACAAAAUGAACUAUAUGACUUC